AUGUGUGAGAACAGCCAAGUGGAGACUCAGAAGAAGCUGCUGUUGAUGGAGGUGUGGAGCCUCAUGCUGUAUUCACAAUUAUCACAAAAUAUGUCAUUUGGCUAUGGUCCUCACUUUUGUGUCUCCCCAGAGAACAGCCUGGAAUCCACAGACAACAGUUCUUCAAUCACUGAAGAAACAAAGAAGCAUAGGAAAAAAGUGUCUGUGAUUGUUCCUGACCAUUCAGCUAAUCCUUUCCAUAUGUCUGGGGAUGUGGAUUUCUUCCUGCUCAGAGAUCAGAAGCGGAAUAAGUCUCACUCAGAGAGGGAGCAGAAGAAGAAGCUGCGGGUGCAUCAGAAGAUGACCUACUCGUCCAAAGUGUCAGCCAAGCACACCAGCUUACUGCGUGAGCUGCAGCUGGAGGACAAGACAGAGGACCAGGAGGCAUGCACAGAGGCCGAGCAGCUUCACGCCUUCCACGAGCACACUGCCUGGAAGCUCUCCAUGACCAAAGAAAAGAAAGGGGAAUCUGAUAACAUAAACAAGUACAUCAAUCAGAAACGACAAAUGUUCCUCAUCCAGUAUGCCCUGGAUAUGAAGCGGAGCGAGAUCCAGAGGCUGGAGAUGCUGGCAACUAAGGAAGAGGCAGAGCUGGAGCUGGCUGAGAAGUCCCUGGAAAAGGAUUCAGCCCUCUUCGAUGAGUUCCUCAGGGAAAAUGACCGCAGCUCAGUGCAGGCCCUGAGAGCGGCAGAGAAGGAGACCAAAGUGAAGAUGGAGAAGAUCACUGAAAUCCGAGAUCUGACCACCCAGAUCAUGAACAUCAAAAGUGAAAUCUCCAAAUUUGAAGACACGCUGAAACAUUACAAGGUCUACAAAGAUUUCCUGUACAAUCUCUCGCCCAAGGACUGGUUAGAAGAACAAGAGAAGAAACACUUGGCUUUCAAACAUGCCAAGGAGGUCGCCAAGGCCCCCAAAGAGAACACUCUGUUCUUCACACAAGGGGACAAAGGACCAGAGAUCAAGGGCAAGAUGGGCUCCAGAGGUAUGUGGCAGCUCCAGGGGCAGGGCCCAAGGAAGCCCUGGAAAAUGCUGCAUUUGAUACGGGCAGGGCAGAUUCUGUCCAGUGCCAUCAGCCUCCAGCAGGGCAGUCAGCCCAGCGUGAGUGACAGGCUGGACCCCAAAGGGUCCAGCUCUGCCCUCCCCAUGCAAGAGGACCCAGACAGUGAUGAGGAGGAGCUGGAGCUGUAUUUCACGGAGCCACAGCAGCUCCUGGAUGUCUUCACAAAGCUGGAGGAGCAGAACCUCUCGCUGAUCCAGAACACACAGGAGAUGGAAGAGACCUUGGAGGAGCUGAGCUUCACCCUGAAAAACACCCAGAUCCGCAUGGAUAGGGAAGUCAACCAACUGAAGCAGUGGAUAACCACAUUGAUGAUGGCCAUCACCAAGGAGGAGGAGACCGCUGCUGAGCUGGAGCUCAAAGCCCGAGUUUUCCAUUUCGGCGAGUACAAGGGCGCUCAGGAGGACAAGCUGCUAGAGAGCCUCAACUGCAAGGUGCUGGAUGUGUACCGGCAAUGUGUUGGCGUCCAGCAAGAGUCCAACCUGGGCACUGUGCAGAUGCUGACCAUCAUCGAACACCAGCUGGAUGAGCUGCUUGAGAACCUGGAGCGUGUGCCCCAGGUCAAGAUAGAGCAGGCUGAGAAAGCCAAAGAGAAGGAGCGGCGCCAGAGACUCCGGGAAGAGAAAGCCAAGAUGCAGAAGCAGCUGCAAGAGGAGCGUCUGCAACGGGCCCAAGCCCGGGCCCAGGCUGAGAUCAAGAAGAAGAGAGGCAGAAGGUUGGUGUUCCGUUCCCGACCCCCGGCCCUGAAAACCAAGGAGGAGCCUGAGAACGAGCUGCUGGACAAGGAAAAGGAGGAGCAACUGUUCUUCUUCACCUAG